GGCUAAAGACUCCAUAAAUGCGGAGAGAGCAUGAAUUUUGGCUCCUCUUUGAGGACCCUUCAAAACAAGGCGAAAAUCACUGUUGGAAAUGGCAGAUUACAGAGUUCCAUUCAUCAGAUCAAACAUCUGCUCCAUCCCCAUGACGCCCUUUAUCAUGAAUCUCUUCCAGUGGAUUUUCAACCGUCGCAGCCAUAUUAUGCACACCAACUGUUCGACGAAAUUCCCCAUAGAGACAUCUUACACUACAAUCGUCUGCUCUUCGACUUCUCUCGCAACGAUCGUAAUCGAGAAGCUUUGUAUCUCUUCAAGGGUCUUCACUCGGCGGGGUUGGCCGUUGAUGGGUCGACUCUGUCUUGUGCUUUGAAGGUCUGCGGAGUCUUGUUUGACCAAGUUGUGGGAAGACAGGUGCAAUGUCAAUCAUUGAAAUCUGGGUUUUUGGGGGAUGUCAGUGUUGGGACUGCCCUUGUUGAUAUGUAUAUGAAAACGGAAGAUUUUGAGGAUGGGAGAGGAAUUUUUUAUGAAAUGGGUCAUAAAAAUGUGGUGUCAUGGACUUCGUURCUAGCUGGAUAUGCACGUAACGGGUUGAAAGAGGGAGUGGUGCAUUUGAUUAACCAAAUGCAGAUGGAGGGAGUGAAGCCAAACGACUUUACUAUUGCUACUGUUCUUGGGGCUUUGGCUGAUGAGAGUAUGAUUGAGGAAGGGGUUCAAGUUCAUGCUAUGAUAGUAAAAAAUGGGUUUGAAUCAACUACAUCUGUAUGCAAUUCUUUGAUUUGUAUGUAUCUGAAAUCUGAGAUGGUUGGGGAUGCCGAAGCUGUUUUUGAUAGUAUGAUGGUUAGAGAUUCAGUCACUUGGAACAUUAUGAUUGCUGGUUAUGCUGCGAUGGGGUUUGAUUUGCAGGGAUUCGAGAUGUUCCAUAAGAUGAGACUUGCAGGUGUGAUGAUGACCCAAAUGGUAUUUUGUUCUGGUUUAAAGCUAUGCUCUCGCCAAAGGGAAUUGAAUUUCACCAAACAGCUUCAUUGUGGGGUGGUGAAGAAUGGCUAUGAAUUGGAUCAGAACGUCAGAACAGCUUUCAUGGUCACUUACAGCAAGUGCGGCACAGUGGAUGAAGCUUUCAAGUUGUUCUCCACGGCAAAUGGGGUUCAGAGUGUUGUUACCUGGACAGCCAUGAUUGGCGGGUUCGUGCAGAAUGACGACAACAAAGAGGCAGUUGAUUUGUUUUGUCGAAUGAAUCGGGAAGGUGUGAGACCAAAUCAUUUCACCUACUCCACGGUCCUUGCAAGCAAACCUUCUUCAUUACUUUGCCAACUACACGCACAAAUUAUUAAAGCUGAUUAUGACAAAGUACCUUCAGUAGCUACUGCACUUUUAGACGCAUAUGUUAAGACAGGAAACACCAUUGAGAGUGCACGAGUUUUCGAUUCUAUCACUGAAAAGGAUAUUGUAGCAUGGUCAGCCAUGCUAGCUGGUUUAGCUCAAAUAGGAGACUCAGAGAAGGCAAUGGAAGUAUUCAUUCAGUUGGUGAAAGAGGGAGUGAAACCAAAUGAGUUUACCUUUUCCAGUGUCAUUAAUGCUUGUUCGUCCCCUGCUGCAACAGUAGAACGUGGUAGACAAAUUCAUGCGAGUGCAAUCAAAUCAGGAAAGAGUAAUGCUUUAUGUGUAAGUAGUGCUUUGGUCACAAUGUACUCCAAAAGAGGCAAUAUUGAGAGUGCAAAUAAGGUUUUCAACAGACAAGAGGAGAAAGAUAUAGUUUCAUGGAACUCCAUGAUCACUGGAUAUGCCCAACACGGUGAUGGCAAGAAGGCUCUUGAGGUGUUUCAAGUUAUGCAAAAGCACGAACUGCCAAUGGAUGAUGUCAGCUUCAUCGGAGUGCUUACUGCUUGUACUCAUGCAGGUUUAGUAGAAGAAGGUGAAAAGUACUUCAACAUUAUGAUUAAGGAUUACCAUAUCGAUCCAACAAUAGAGCAUUAUUCAUGCAUGGUAGAUCUCUACAGCCGAGCUGGAAUGUUCGAGAAAGCCACAGACAUCAUGAAAGGAAUGCCAUUCCUUGCUAGUACAACAAUGUGGCGGACUCUGUUGGCCGCCUGUCGUGUUCAUCGCAAUCUAGAGCUCGGAAAACUCUCUGCAGAGAAGCUUAUCUCUCUUCAACCGAACGACUCUGCCGCAUAUGUCCUCUUAUCCAACAUCCAUGCUGUGGCCGGCAAUUGGCAAGAGAGAGCCAAAGUGAGAAAACUCAUGGAUGAGAGGAAGGUAAAAAAGGAAGCCGGGUGCAGCUGGAUUGAAGUGAAAAACAGGAUCUACUCAUUCUUGGCUGGUGAUGUUUCACAUCCAUUUUCCGAUCUUGUUUACGCAAAGCUCGAUGAACUAAGAAUCAAGCUAAAAGAUAUGGGUUAUCAGCCAGAUACGAAUUAUGUUCUUCAUGAUGUAGAAGACGAACAUAAGGAAGCCAUUUUGUCUCAACACAGUGAGAGACUUGCAGUUGCUUAUGGAUUGAUUGCGCUGCCGCCAGGAGCUGAUAUUCAGAUUGUGAAAAAUCUAAGAAUCUGUGGAGAUUGUCACAAUGUGAUUGAGUUAAUAUCGUUGAUUGAAGAGAGAGUUCUGAUUGUUAGAGAUUCAAACCGAUUCCACCACUUCAAAGGAGGAGUUUGCUCUUGUGGGGGUUAUUGGUGACACUCACACAUCAUCUGUUAAAAUAUAAUAAGGUAAAAUAUUAUUUUGGUUUCUGUAAUUUAUAUUCAAAAUUAGCCUCCA